GGGGGGGGGGGGGCUGAGAGGCAGGCGUGAAGGGGAGGGUAAUAUGAUGAAAGUAACGCUUUCAUUCUUAUUGCCGGUUAGCCCAAACACUUGUUCUUCCCUGAUGUGUUGUGACGCCGAUUAAAGAGAGAGAGAGAGUGAAAGAGAAAACACCCACACAGCUUAAAAAGCUUGACAGUAGAGCUUGCACCUGCAAGAGGAGAGCUGGUGGGCUGCUGACCUUGUGUGGCACUGUCAUUUGAAAAUGGAUCACCCCGUUUACCACGGAAACAUCAACCGGGAGACCGGAGAGAAGCUGUUGAGCAAGAGCGGCAAAGAUGGGAGCUACUUGAUCCGAGACAGUGAAUCGCGACCUGGAGUUUACUGCCUGUGUGUGCUGUACCAAGGACUGGUUUACACUUACCGCGUUUCAAGGACUGCACAGUCUUCAUGGACUGUUGAGACUGCCCCUGGAGUUACUAAAAGACUGUUUCGUAAAGUGAAGAACCUAAUUUCUGCGUACCAGAAGGAAGACCAGGGGCUGGCAGUCGCUCUACAAUACCCUGUGAUCAAUCAGAAAGGUGUUGACAAUGACGAAGACUAUCUCUUGAUGAACCCGGCUGAAUGACUGCCCGUCCUGUUUCUCGUUGCAGGACGUAUGACGACGGACUGAAGGGUCCGUGAUCGCAGGGAGUGUGUUUUUUCGGUACGGACUGGAAACACUCACCGUUUGAGCCACGAAGAAUCUUCAGCCGAGCUGAGUCGCUGUGUUCGAGAACCAACAUUUGGAAAAAAAAGUCGAGUUCUUAAAUAACCAUUGGUAUUUAGUUUCAAGCAUCGAAACUCUACUUUGGCAGCUUUUUGUACUUAAUUUAUGCGUGCUCCUCAAUUCUGCCUGUUGUCAAAAGCCCUUGUUGAAGGCAUGCGUUUUUUAUAUACUGUUGUCUUUAUUUAUUUUUUCCUCCCCCCCCCCCCCCCACCAUUUGCUUCACAGAUGGGAUCUGUGCAGUUUUAACAUGCUUCCUCUGAAUAGAAUACCCAGUGCUACAGCACUCGCCGUUGUGCACAGAUAUCCCCAGGUCCAAUUAAGAGAUGAAACAUGAUACCAUUUGAUGGUGGGGCAAAACCUGAGACAAGUUUCCUUACUCCACACGC